AUGGCCGAUAAUCAGGUUGAACGAGAACAAGAACAAAAGAUCGUCAGGAAAAUGCGUUCAUACCUCCAGGGAACUGUAGUACGCACCAGGUACCUAGCUGAGGGUGGCUCGGUCCCAUUGAAGGAUUCCACACUUCCAAAUCGGGGAACUACCUCGAGUCCCUUCACGCUCGCAGCUCAACGUCAUGGGUGCCAUGAAGCGACAGUGGGGUUUGAUAUCUUUGACAGGGGAAGUUCCUCACGCUUGUCUCAGGUCUCCGGGCAUAAGAAGAGAUCUAGGAUGCCGGUCCCAGUCGGAAACAGCAAUGGACAAUAG